UGCAUGAUAUGAAAUGGCCUGGCUAAUUGGUUGUUAUCAGAUCUAGGAAUUUGGAAUGUUGAUGCAAGGCAUUAAUCCUCAUUGGUGGUUUAUUGUAGAACUAUGAUCAUUUCCUUGUUUGGGAUUGAGCAGACUAUAACAAUUCAUAAAGAAUACUGAUAGUAUUCAAAAACCUGAGGAAAUAAUUUAUAAAGAAAAGAUCCUUGCAUUUGUAUAGUUUGUUUGUCCUGGUUGCUGUGUAUAACCAGUUACUCACCCAGUUCACAAGGUGGUGUACAAUGUGUGCCAGUCAAAAGUAACACUGAUAGCACUAUCAAUGAGAAAAUAAACCAUGAGUUAAAACGUUGGAAUUUCCAAAACAAUGGUCCAGAACAUAUUAAUCAUAUUGAAGAUUAAACCGUUUAGACAUGGUGAAAAAAUGGCAUUUCCACUAUCGACUUUAUCUAGAAAUUAAAGCCUUUAUACCUUUUAUACCUCAAUUUGCAUGCUUUAGAGUAGUGUGUUUGUUAAUAUCUGGAAGAGUAGGAGACUCUUAGAAGACAGAACCAGAAUACCUUUAAAUGGUGGUAGGUUGGAGUUAUGUGUGCUGAAUACCACCUUGUGUAACUUAUGUGAUUAAUGGGUGCAUGCUUCCUGUCUCUCUCACUUUCUCUGAAUGCAUUUUUACUCAUUUUCUACCUCUUAUUGCAUGAAAUGUGUGGUGUGUGCCCUAACUAUGAGCAGGACAGAACUGAUGUCAUACGGACAGACAGCUGGAGAGGGCUUUUCAUACCAGAUAUUGAAGAUGGAACAACUACCUCACCACAAUCCCUGCCAUUCACAUCACCAUCUUCCACCUCAAGUUAUCCACAUAGUCUCACCCUGGAUCGUUCCAAGUCUGCCCCAGCUUCUAUAAACCAGGGAGCAUCUCCAGUUGAAAUUCCCCAACCAGAUAUAUGCCACCCAUAUUCCACACAGGAGUCAACUGAAUCCUCACCACUUCCACCCCUGAAAGUGGGAGAACCCUUUCCAGAUCCCCCCGAUGGCACCUUCAGCCCUCAGUCCCAAGUAUUGGCUGAUUCCAACUCCUCUUGCGUAAAGACAACAGAUGCUCCCAACACAAGCACUCUUCCCUCUCAGGAACCAUUCUGUAGUACUGUGUCUGAGAACAAUGAAGUGACAGGUGGCAUCAUUACAGGAGAUUCUGACAGUCAGAUAGACACAGUUAUGAGGAACAAUAUCAUGUCCUCUGGGACUGUAGCAGCAGAAUCCCCCUUUACUCUCUUUAACCCAACCACUCAGAUUCAAGCAUUCGAUCAGGAAGUGGACAUGGAUGUUUCUUCUAAUGCAAAACAAGAAGUUGGCAAUGACUUUCCGGAACAGUUUCAGAGAGAGCACAGCAGUGUGAUGGAAGAUGUUUCAGGGGCUCAACCACAAUUCAUGCCUGUUCCAGACUUGAAACUUCAACCCUGUCAUGCAAAGCCAGCCACUUCUUCCGGGUGCUCUCCUGCCCAUUCAGACUCUGAAAUGAGUAUGGACCGUGUAAUGCCCUCUGAGAGAGACCAACUGGAAGCAGAUAAUGCCCCAUCCCUGGCUCAGGCUCUUAAAGAGCUACAUAAACUUCUGAUGUCUAACAGCUGUCCUCCAGUAUGUGAAAGGAGCCCUCUGUCUGACGCCAAUGCUCCAACACCCAGCCAGGAUACUGAUGAGGUGGAACAGGAUCCUACUUCAAGAAACCAUAACACUCUGAACCCAACUGUUGACUCAUCCUCUACUGCCACAGCAAAUGACAUGGAGGACAGUGUUGCCAAAGCUGACUUGACUUCUCAAUUAGUGUGGGAUACUUCAGACUUGCCAACAUCAAGCAAUUCAAGACAUCCAGAGAACCAAACUACUAGUCUGGUAGAUCCUGGAAAGAAACAAGGGAUUCAGUGUUCUUAUACCCCUGAGGGAAACCAGGCUCAGGGAGUUGGUGAUGAGGGAGGUAAUGGGUCAGCGUUAUCAGAGAUAUUGUCUUUCCAGGAAGAUCUUGAGUUUAGAGAAACCCCUGAGGUUCAGAAAGGGCUGGACAUUGCAGACGGAAACACUUCAGGCAUUGACAUCUCCAACUCAGCCAACCCAUCUCAGCAGUGCCCCCUUUCUGUAGCAGCUGGCUCAUCAACUGAUUCCAGCCUUGGGCCUGUUGCGUCACCUGAUCCUCAAAAGCAAGCCCCUGAGAUGGAUACUCUUUUCCUUGGAGACUCCAUCCAGCCUUCAACACAGCCCUCAAUGGGACAAUUUCCACUAGAGCACAUUCAGAGGAUCCAAGCAUCAGGUUUCUCAGCCCGUGAGGCUGCUGAAGCACUGGAACAGGCUCAAGGCAUUGUGGAGCUUGCCUUACUGGUGUUGCUAGCAAGAACGAUCACUGUGCCCACCUAGACCCCAAAUCAACCUGCUGUGGUGGCAUCAGUUAACAUUUGAUCCCUUUUAUCAUCACAUGAUUUUCCUUUAGCAGUCCUCAUUGUUUUGUACUUUAUGGUCUUAUUCUAGCUCUGUACUUUGCCAACAUACAAAAUGUAAAAAAAAAAAAAUUCUAAGAAGCUGGUCAUAUCUCCCUUUCAACAAAACAAUGAUGGCUAUGCAGUCUUUUUAAAAAGUUUUGCAUGUUGCCUCAAAAGUUUCUUAAUGGAUUGCUGGUUUUAUUGGUUUUGGUUAAAUGCGUAUGAUAAAUUGACAGACAUUUUACAUAAAUAGUUCAGUAAUAAAUUGUUGGGUUGUAGUGAACAUGAUCUUCUGCCUUGUCAGAAAUAGACCUGUUUCCAUUCAUCCAACUACUGCAUGGUUUUAAAUCUCAAAAGUGAUUUUGUGCCUGAUGUUUACUUGCCCUCAAUAGAAACUUCUGAAGCAUUUAAGUUAGUUUAUUUAGUACCAGUAUGAUCAAGAGAGUAAACCGGUAGAGCACACAUUGCAGACUCCACUUCCCAAUUGAAUUGGCAAUGUCUAAACAUCUCUGAGGCCAUUUUCACUUUAGUUGUUUUAUUUGAUAGUUGCCAAUCCUGUAUAACUUGACAUGUUUUUAAUACUAGGUUGCCUUUGGAAAUUAUUAAAGAGUAGACUUUUAAAUACCAUGAUCUUUAUAUGUGUUCAUAGUCCAUCAUUCAACAAUAGUGGUCAGUGAUUUGUGAAGGAUGUAUGAACAAAUAUGAAAGGGAAGGUCUGAUGCAUUACCAAACAGUUUGGUCAUCAGCCUUUUUAUUGGAAUCAGGAUUUUGUGGUGGUAUUUUAAAUUGUGUUUUUGAGUGAAAUAAAACUGACAGAAAGAGAUUUUUUUUUUUGCCCAUCUGCCCUCCGAGCAGCUACCACUACAUUUUGUUGAGCUGUCUAUUUUAAUUCUCUUAUUUUUUGUCCAUUGUCUAAAUACUUUUGAUUUCGGUGUAAAGUCCUGACAUGCCCUUCCCAGCUGUCUGUGAUCUGUUGUGAUGCCUACCCUCUUGUCAUUUUUUAAUUGUCAUCUUUGGGUCAUAUAUCAAAAGUGUUCAAACUAUUUGAAAUACUCAGUUUCAUCUUGUAUACAGUUUAAAAACCAAAUAAAAUGAAAAAGUGAUUCUUUA